CUUAAGGGGCGGCGAGGCCAGGUCGGAUUUCCUCUGAGGCUGGCGAUCCGCGAAGCUCCCACCUUCCCUUAGAGCUCGCUGCAGCCGCCUGCCCCCGCGCCCUCCGGACACCGGAACGGGACCAUGAUGUGGACACGCUGGCUCGCGCUCGCGCUGGUGGCGGUCGCCUGGGUCCACGCCGAGGAGGAACCAAGGAGCAAAUCCAAGAUCUGUGCCAAUGUGUUUUGUGGAGCCGGCCGGGAAUGUGCAGUCACAGAGAAAGGAGAGCCCACCUGCCUCUGCAUCGAGCAAUGCAAACCUCACAAGAGGCCUGUGUGUGGCAGCAACAGCAAGACCUACCUCAACCACUGCGAGCUGCAUAGAGAUGCCUGCCUCACUGGAUCCAAAAUCCAGGUCGAUUACGAUGGACACUGCAAAGAGAAGAAAUCUGUAAGUCCAUCUGCCAGCCCAGUCGUUUGCUAUCAGUCCAACCGCGAUGAACUCCGGCGUCGCAUCAUCCAGUGGCUGGAAGCGGAGAUCAUCCCAGACGGCUGGUUCUCUAAAGGCAGCAACUACAGUGAAAUCCUAGACAAGUACUUUAAGAACUUUGAUAAUGGUGACUCUCGCUUGGACUCCAGCGAAUUUUUGAAAUUUGUGGAGCAAAAUGAAACCGCCAUCAACAUCACCACCUAUGCAGACCAGGGGAACAACAAGCUGCUUAGAGGACUCUGUGUCGAUGCUCUCAUUGAACUGUCUGAUGAAAAUGCUGACUGGAAACUCAGCUUCCAAGAGUUCCUCAAGUGUCUCAAUCCAGCCUUCAACCCUCCAGAGAAGAAGUGUGCUCUGGAGGACGAGACAUAUGCCGAUGGAGCUGAGACCGAGGUGGACUGUAAUCGCUGUGUGUGUGCCUGUGGAAACUGGGUCUGCACAGCCAUGACCUGUGACGGAAAGAAUCAGAAGGGGGCCCAGACCCAUACAGAGGAGGAAAUGACCAGAUACGUUGAGGAGCUCCAAAAGCACCAGGAAACAGCUGAAAAGACCAAGAGAGUGAGCACCAAAGAGAUCUAAUGAGGAGGCAUCUGGGAAGGGUGUCCAGAGCCUGGCACCUUCUCUUCCACUUCAGCGCUGAGUCCAGUAUACGCAAGUGUCUGCUACAAUCGCCAAAUCACCAGUAUUUGCUUGUAUAGCAAUGAGUUUUAUUUUGUCUAUUUGUUUUGCAAUAAAGGAAAUGGGGGUGGCUGGCUAGGAGGGCAAGGGCCAUAGCCUUCAUUUCUAGGAGUACUUUGAGAGAAACUGUAAAUGGUGCUCGGGGGCUGGAGGCAAGCUAGGAAACUGCAUCGGUGUUGGGAGAGUGUACCCAGAUCUGGAACACUUCUGAGCCUACCACAGCUGUGAACAAACAUGCUACAGGGGGUGCAGGCAGUGAGAAAGAGCUUAGCAGGCUGUCCCCAGAGGAGGGAUUUGGGAAGCUCAGUGGAGAAGACUGCAUUCGGCUUCCAGCCCUUCCUGCUGCCAUCAGCAUAACAGACCUCUAGCAUCUGUGCUUCUCCUCAUGGCCCCAGCCACUGGCUCUAGAUACACGGCCAUCCUGCUAGUUACCCAGUGUCUGGGAGGGUGCACCCAAAUGAUGCAGAUACUUGUAGACUUUGAGCCCCUUAGAGACCUAACCAAAUUUUUAAAAUACUUUUUACCAAAGGUGCUAUUUUUCUGUAAACUUUUUUGGCAAGUUGAUUUCAUUCUUCAGUUAUUAUCAUUAUAUUAUUGUUGUUGUUGUUUAAUAUUUUAUUUUCUUGACUAGAAAUUAAGCUUUUGUAAUUACUUUUCAUUAGUCCUGCCAUUUCAGAGGCGGGAGAGUUUGGGGUUCUUCCUUGUGCAGGGCCUGCUAUCACCCGGACUCCCCCCAACCCUGCCACAUACUAGAUGCAGCCCAGAGUUUGCCCCCUGGCUUCCAGUGGGUCAGCAGUCUGCCAGAGGAGCAGGGAGUACCUCAGACAGAAGCCAGGAGAAGUGUCUCCAUACAAAGCUUGUAAGAUCCAAAAAGCUAAUUUGUUUUCAUUCAUUCUGAUAGAUCCAUGCAAAUCAGUAUUCCAAAGGAUUGAGACCAGUGCAGCUAAGCAAGGCUUCGAUGUCCCAGCCUAUCAAUAUGCUCAUUGAUCCUCCACUAACUAGGAGAGUGACUCUGUCCCUGUCUCUUCCUAUUUCUGGGCCUCAGUUUCCUCAGCAGGUAGGAAUGCAUUAAACUUUUGACUUGAGAAAUUGUAAA